CAUCCGGCUCCUGUCCUCUCAUUUAGUUCAGCGGUGAGAUAGAGGGAGGAGAGCUCUGAUAAGCCAGUCCUCGGUUGGGUCCUCUAACCGACAGCCAGCCAACAUGGACCGGUCCUACAUGGGCAGUGCCACCGCUUACAGUGUCUAUGGGAAGCCGCCUCAGUCCUACGUGGACCCGGCCUAUGACGAAAAAGCGGCCAAGUCGUACAUGGACUCAGUGUAUGAGGAGAAGAAGAAGGUAGAGAAGAAGGCCCGCUCCGAGGCUGUCUGCUGCGAGGUUGUGGCGCUGAUCUUCGGAUUUGUCGGCCUGAUCGGCGUCUCCGCUGUGACGGGCUUGCCCAUGUGGAAGGUGACAGCAUUUAUCCAGGAGAACAUCAUCGUCAUGGAGACGCGCUGGGAGGGUCUGUGGAUGAACUGCUACAGACAAGCCAACAUCAGGAUGCAGUGCAAGGUGUACGACUCUCUGCUGUUCCUCCCUGCAGACCUGCAGGCUGCCAGAGGCCUCAUGUGUUCCUCCGUAGCGGUGUCCGCCAUCGCUCUGAUCCUCUCUGCCGUGGGGAUGAGGUGUACUAAGGUGGUGGACCACCGGCCGCGCACCAAGCACAUUGUCCUGGUGACCGGGGGAUGCCUGUUCCUUGUAGGCUGUGUCACCACCAUCAUUCCAGUGUCCUGGACAGCCAACGUGAUCAUCCGGGACUUCUACAACCCCCUGCUGAUCGACGCCCAGCGCAGGGAGCUGGGGGAGGCACUCUACAUCGGAUGGGUGACCUCGGCUCUGCUGUUUGUGGCUGGGGUCAUACUGCUUAGUCGCCACGCGCCCCGGGUAGGAGACGAUGAGAGGGAGAGGAUGGUCUAUAACCCCAACGGGCCUGGGUAUGUCUACCAGCCUGGAGUGAACUACCAGCCCGGAGUGAACUACCAGCCUGGAGUGAACUACCAGCCAGGAUCAUCGUACACAUACCAGCCAUAUUCCUACCAACCUAACUACUCAGCUCCACCCGGAUCUGUGGUCUACGCUCCUAACCAGUACAUGUGAGAGAAACCCAGCCCAGAACAACAUGGACUUAAGACUUACUUUGACUGAUGCCUGCUUGGAACCAAUAAGUAAAAGUAGAAUAAACAGAACUCAUAUUGUUACAUAGAAUAGAAUUCAUUUUAGUUAUUUGGAUCCGAGCGUUGUUGAAAUGUCAGAGAGGGGACUAUGAAACAGAGACACUGAAAUGACCAGAUGUCUCUUGCUGGAAAUGGCCCAAUCGUUGAUUAUUUUGUUCAGAGUGAGAGAGAGAAAAAACCCAUUAAGCACACCUAUGUGAAAUUCAAUGUAUGUGUUGUGUCUUUGUGUUUAGGUGGGAGUUGUGUGUAUGUGUUUAACUGUAGGUGGGAGUUGUGUGUUUAAUUGUGUAAAUAUACUCGUCAGUUAUGUGUAAAUAUUGAGCAUGAUCCUACCAAUGGCUGUGGAAUGAUGUGGUUAAGCAAAAAGGGCUUCACCAGAUUGCACUAAUAUUGUCCAAAGAACUUACCAACCCCUGUUUCUGUUUACCUGCUAUUUUCAGAUUGUCUAAAAGUUGGUUGUUUUCAUGAAGUUUUCUGUUUUUUACAGCACUGGCCUAAAUUGAGGCCAAUUUGGUUCACAAUAAAAAAUCUAUAACUUUUUCCUUUAAAA